AUGGCCACUCGUGCAUCAGCAGCAGCUCCUGCUGCAAGAAGAUAUAGAUUUAUUACACAAGAAGGUGCUCACACCAUUGGGCUAGCACGUUGCACGAACUUCAGAGCCCACAUAUACAACGACACCGACAUCGACGCCGCCUUCGCAAAAACAAGGCAAUCAGGUUGCCCAAGCACCUCAGGUGCAGGUGACAACAACCUGGCACCAUUGGACCUUCAAACUCCGACCGUCUUCGAGAACAACUACUACAAGAACCUUCUUAGCAAGAAGGGCCUUCUACACUCUGACCAAGAGCUCUUCAACGGUGGCGCCACCGACGCGCUGGUCCAAUCCUAUGUUGGUUGCCAGAGCACGUUUUUCGCAGAUUUUGUGACGGGUAUGAUCAAGAUGGGUGACAUUACACCAUUGACGGGCUCCAACGGCCAGAUAAGGAAGAACUGCAGAAGAGUUAAUUAG